AUGUAAAGAGAAACAGUCUUUAAACUUGAGACCCAUAUCUUGCAUCUCAGUGGUAGAUAUCAAUAGAAUGAAUACAACAAAUUGAUUUUUAAUUAUUUUAUAUAUAAUUUUAUUAUUAAAUGGAUUAUUACAAGAUUUUUAGAAAUUAAUCGUGAUGCUUCAGCCUCAGAAGUUGCCAAGGCUUAUAAUAAGCUUUCAUUAAAAUGGCAUCCUAAAUUGAGUAAGUUGGAUCACAAUACAACUUAUCAUCAUUUUUGUCUAAUUUCUGAAGCCUAUGAAGUAUUGUCUGAUCCAAUCAAAAGAACAUUUUAUGAUAAGUAUGGAGAAGAGAAGUUGAAGGAAGGUUUCUUUGCUAAUGGAAACCUCAAGGGCGGUUACAGUUUUGCAGGUAAUCCUGAAGAAAUAUUUGAAAAGUUUUUCGGGACAUCCAAUCCUUUUGCUCAACUGAUAGAUACCAAUGGAUCAGAAAAUCAUGGCACUCUCUUUAGUCAUGCAUUUGGAGGACAGAAUUUCCCAGGAAUUCCAGGACCCUAAGAUCUUGAAAUCCAAGUAGAAUGCACUCUACACGAAUUGUACAACGGAUGUGCCAAGACUGUUUCAUAUCAAAGACAAGUGCUGAAUAAAGACGGCAUCACAACUCGUCAAAUUAUGGAAACUAAAGAAAUCAAAAUCGAUCGUGGAAUCGAGACUGGCUAAAAGAUAGUCUAUAAAGAGUUAGGCAAUGAAGCUGCAGGAUUUAAAUCUUCAGAUCUGAUCUUCCAAAUCAAAGAAACUCCUCAUCCUACCUUCAAGAGAAAAGGAAAUGACCUAUUGUAUAUUGCAAAAGUUAAAUUGGCCAAUGCCAUUGCUGCAGAUCCCAUAUAGAUUGUAACUUUGGACAAUAGAAAAUUAUAAGUGCCUGUUGAUUAAAUCAUAAGUCCAAAAUAUGUGAAGAUGAUUGAAAAUGAAGGAAUGCCAAUCUUCCAAUAGGAUGAAGUCAAAGAUUUUGGUAAACCAUACACAUUUGGAAAUCUGUACAUUAGAUUUGACAUCCAAUUCCCAGAAGAUCUAACUGAAAGUUAAAAAAAUAGAAUCAAAGACAUUUUGUUGGAAGGUUAAUAAUGA